AUGGAAAUCGACGGCGAUGGCGGCGGCGGCGAACCGGAGGACAGGGGGCGAAUGGAGCUGGUGGACCUCCUGGAAGGCAUCCGAACCUCCGAGGUUUUGGAGAGCAGAACUUGCCUUAUCAACCAACUCGAGGGUUCCUCCCAGUUCUCUGCAGAAGAUCUGGGCCUAAUACUUGAAACCCUCACUGCAUCUUGGGAUGAGUCCAGAUGUUCAGGUGUAUCACACUGCCUGCUACACAAGUCAGUUUUGCAGGUUGUUCUGAAAUGCGCUGAGUUAGAUACAGCCGCAUGUCUGCCGCAAUUUCUUACUCUGGGUGCAAAGGCCAGCUCAUGGUGUGGGAAGCAUCUCAUAUGGUUCACCGAAUCUAUUGAUGAAUCUGAAGCACUUCAAGAGGAAGAGCACAACUGUUUAUGCCUAGAGAUAAUUUCACUGACCUUAAAUAUCUCUAUCAAGCUCCUUCCAAUGGCGGCAAAAUGCAUCACUGUUGAUGUCGUGCAUACUAUUGGUGGUUUUAUUUCGGAAUUGCUAACACUGACGGAAAACUCAAUAGUUGACAAGACAGUUAAUGGAACUGCAGCACAUGUUGCCAAGGCUGCACCUGCUUUUCUGGAUGAAACCAUCAAACUGUGCAGAGCAUAUUGUGAGGCUGCAAAGUCAGAUAUCGGCAGAAUUUCCAUGCCUACAGAAGAGAUAACUGUGAAACUCCAAUUACCAGAUCUUACAAGCGACGUGGUCAGGAUUACAGCAUGCACUAUUCAGACCUUGUGUAAAAUAGGAACAUAUGCAGCAUCCAGUGGUGGAAGCCAGGUGGCUUUAUUGAAUGUGUCAUGGAAGGGUGUAGUUUCCUUACUGCAACUUGGCAAAGGACUGAUAGAAGUAAAAGUUAGUGUCAGUGAUAUCAUUUCGACUCUUAUCUCCCUUGUCAUUGAAUCUCUGAGGGUUGCUGCGGAUACAUGGUGUACGUCAUUACAAGAAGCCCUUGGUGUAUCUGAAGCUAGAAGGGCAUUCUUACCAAUCAAGUUUUUCUUAAUAAAUGCUGUAAGGAUUUGUUCUGUAUACCCAUCCGAAGCACUGACUAUAUACAAGGACAUGAUCAGGUGUGUAUUGGUGAUAUCAUCCUCAAGCAUUUUAUUCAGCAAAGAUCCCCUGUUGAAAGCAGCUUAUGAGCCACUUGUUGAAUUAUUGGAGUCUAAUUCCUUUCAUUUACUAGACACACUUAUGAAGUCAUCAGAAGUAAGACUAGAGUCGAAAUGCCAGCUUGUGCAGUAUUUUCUGGAAAAUGAAGAAGCUAAUGGUCCAGCUCAAGUGGGGCAGAAUGAUCAGAGAGAGAUAAAUUUGGUUUCAUUGAGCUGCAUUUUCUCUCUGGAUCCUGAUGUCGAUAACAGAAACAGAGCUCUUUUACCUGCUAAACUUAUUGUGUUUUUGCACUUCCUCACUAUUUCCCCAAACUUGGACGAAGAGGUGGUCAUUGAAUUAUCUAAAAAGCUACAAUCUCUUCUCAAUAUGUUAACAUUGGAAGAUGUCUACUCAUUUGUCCUUGGCUGCCAUAUUCCUACAGUUUAUAGUGCUGACCAUCCUCCUGUAGUUGUCUGGCAACCUGUGUAUACUUUUCUCAUACAAGCCCUGAAGACUUAUAUGAUUGCUGCUGCUGCUGCUUCAAGUGUUGCUUGGAAUGAGGUGGAAGCCUUCCUACUUGAGAGCCUUUUUCAUCCCCAUUUCUUUUGCUUGGAAAUUUUAACAGAGCUAUGGUGUUUCUUCACGCGCUGUGCUGAAAGUGAAACUUCAACUUAUUUAAUCAACCAACUAUUUCUUCUGUUAAAGACUGCAGCGUCAUCAGAGAAAGUUCUUGCACCUCUCAGUGCUUUCCGGAAGGUUGCACGUGCAUUCUGUAUCAUCUUGAGCUAUGCAUCAUGUGCAACUGUUGAUCAAAUUUAUACCUGUGUGCUGAAUGAUCAUAACUCUUCCAAGUCAUCAGUCCUGCACUUAGCGUUGUUGAUGGAAGGAUUUCCUUUUGAUUCAUUGUCAGAUGGUAUAAGGAUGCAUGCUGUAAACCAAUUGUUCACUUCUUUUGUCGGGUAUCUACAGAGCUCCUUGAAGAAUCAUGGUGCGAUUGUUUUGCCAACUUCUAGUUCCGGGGUAAUAGGUCUUCCUGUACAUGCUCUAGCCUCCGCAUUGCAGCGAUGCGAAAUAAAGGACUAUAGCCUCAUAGAUGGGAAGAGUAUUACCACUAUGUUUAAGUUCAGCAUCUCCCUCAUCAAUCUGUAUAGAACUGCACCUGACAGCAGUAAGGGCCACCUUGCCCAGCUCAUUAGUUCCGUAUUGGAUAUUAUCUCAAACAUGAGGCAUCUGUGUGCAUUCUAUCAGAUGGAGAAACUAACUCUAGAGUUGCACACCCUGUUCAUGUCUAGUUCUGACAAUUCAAAGGCAGUGCUGUCCCAGUGCAAACCAUCACUAGCUUCAUUUAUGGCAAUUCUUGGUCACUUGAACUCCAGCGAAGAUGAUUCUAAUUCACUUUGUUCUGCAAUGCCGGAUUUAUACCAUCUCUUGGUGAGGGAAAGGCACUGGGCACUCGUUCACCUAGCAAUGGGCUCCUUUGGCUACUUUGCUGCCCGCACAUCUUUUACGCAGCUCUGGAGAUUCGUUCCUGGAGAUGCUGCCCUUUCAUAUAAUACAAAUACAGGGGUGGACAUUGACGAGAACGGAUUCAUGUUGGAACUGAGAGCCUUUCUUCAGAAAGAGGUUGCUUUACGCGCUGACAAAUGGUCUGAAGAGCAGGUCUGCUUUCUAGUUUCAGAGGGGAGAGUGCUGAAGAAACUGGUUGAAACAACAUCUGAAAUUCCACAAGCUCCAGAGCGCGAGGAAAAAGCUGCCAUUUCAAUGGAUGUCAACACAAAGAAGAGGAAGUUGCCAGAUGGAAUCGGCGAAGGGAUGGCGCUGCUACAGAAUGGUCUCAAGGUGAUGCGAAGCGCUCUUGAUGAAACUGAUUCAGCAGAGCUCAAGGACAGGCUUGCGACACACUUGUCACGCCUCGAGAGUGCAGUUUCUCAAAUUGCAAGUUUCUCUGACAAAAUCUGA